AUGCUAGAUACAUUUAUACUUGCUCUAACGCUACUUGCCAGCUUGGGCAGUGCGUUUUACUUACCUGGAGUUGCACCCACCGAUUACAAAGAAGGCCAAUCAAUACCAUUAUACGUGAACCAUUUAACGCCAGCAUUACAUCAUGGAGCAUUAGGCAAGGGCACUACAUCGACGUAUGUAUACUCAUAUGAUUACUAUUACCCUAAAUUCCACUUUUGUCAACCCGAAGGAGGCCCAGUCAAGCAGCUGGAAUCGUUGGGAUCAAUUAUUUUUGGUGAUCGUAUUUUCAACUCACCUUUCCAAAUUGAAAUGUUGAAGGAUGUUGAAUGUAAGACGUUGUGUACUUCAACUUAUCCCAAAUCGGACUCGGUAUUUGUCAAUAGAAACAUUAGAGCUGGAUACAGUUAUAAUUGGCUUGUUGAUGGAUUGCCAGUGGCUAGAAUUAUUGAGGAUUUAAGAACGCACUCGGAAUUUUACGGCACAGGAUUUGAUAUUGGUGCAAUUGAUCCUGAUAACCAAGCCGUAUUGUUUAACCACUUUGAUUUGAACAUCAUGUAUCAUGAGAAGGGCGAUGGCAAGAAUUACCGAGUUGUUGGUAUCACGGCUACGCCUCAAUCCAAGGAUAGAUCUGCUUUGCCAGAAGACUCAGCACCAGAUGCGUUGUGUGCAAGUGACUUGAAGCCAAUUAGUUUGAGUAAAGAGAAAGACACCCCUGUGCUAUUCACUUAUUCUGUUAAAUUCGAAAAGAGUAAAAUUGCAUGGGCAACCAGAUGGGAUCAAUAUUUGCAUGUUUAUGAUCCAAAGAUCCAAUGGUUUUCCUUGAUCAAUUUCUCAUUGAUUGUGUUGAUUUUGGGUAUUGUUAUCGCCAAUAUUUUGUUGAGAACUUUGAAAAAUGACAUUGUCAAGUAUAAUGAGGUUAAUUUGGAUGAGGAUAUCACUGAUGAAAGUGGUUGGAAAUUGGUCCAUGGUGAUGUGUUUAGACCACCACCACAAAGAUUGUUGUUGUCGGUACUUGUUGGAAGUGGUGCCCAAAUAUUCUUUAUGGUGUUUGUCACUAUUUUCUUUGCCUUGUUUGGAUUGUUGUCGCCAUCAAACAGAGGAGCAUUGUCGACGUUUUCAUUUGUGCUCUACAUUUUGAGUAGUUUCGUGUCGGCAUACGUAUCGGGAUACUUGUACAGGUUCCUUGGUGGUGACAAUUGGAAGUUGAAUUUACUCCUUACUCCAGUUCUUGUGCCUGGUAUUUUAUUUGCUGUGUUUGUGUUUCUCAAUUUCUUUUUGAUCUCAGUUGAUUCAUCAGGUGCCAUCCCUAUUGGUACAAUGGUUGCAAUUAUUGUUAUUUGGUUCAUCAUUUCCAUUCCAUUAUCAGUUGUUGGCUCAAUCCUUGCGUCAAAGAGACCUUUGUUGGAUGUGCCAGUCAGGACCAACCAAAUUCCAAGACAAAUUCCUCAACAACCAUGGUAUUUGAAAUUGAUCCCCGUCACACUCAUUAGCGGAAUCUUCCCAUUCGGUUCAAUCGCUGUCGAAAUGUACUUUAUUUAUUCAUCAUUAUGGUUCAACAAGAUUUUCUACAUGUUUGGUUUCUUGUUCUUUUGCUUCCUUUUAAUGAUUAUGACUACAAGCUUAAUCACUAUUCUUAUGGUUUACUAUACAUUGUGCUCAGAAAACUAUCAAUGGCAAUGGAGAUCCAUUUUCAUUGGUGGAGGAUGUGCGCUCUAUGUGUUUAUUCAUUCCAUCUUCCUCACCGGUGGUGAAAAAUUGGCUGGGUUGACCUCGUUUGUGUUGUACACUGGUUAUUCCAUUGUCAUUUCAUUGUUGGUUUUCCUUUGUUGUGCAAGUGUUGGGUUCAUCAGUAGUAUGUUCUUUGUUAGAAAGAUUUAUGGACAAAUUAAGAUUGAUUAG